GUCAGUGGUCCAGCCGCUGCAGAGAGACCAACACAAUACCCAGCCACUAUUGUCCCUUACACUGUAUCCUUUCUCCUUUUAUUCACCUCUCCUUCCCUCCAAUAAUUCAACAAAAUCCCACCAUUUUCUUCCCUCGGCUGUUUCCAAAUUUUGCAGCACCUUCUUCCACCACCUCUACUUGCUUUAUUUUGCUCUCUUAUGGUUGAGCGCUUCUGGUUGAGAGCUUUUCAGGGGGUUUAAGGUAUAGGGGUUUGCCCUUCUGCUUCUUCGGCAUUGACGAAUGUCGUCUUGCUUUCCGAGAGGGGGAGGAACCCGUACUUACGGGCUCGAAAGCACGGUUCUCUCGAAAUCGCCGUCAAUUUCUUCGUCCAUACGGUCGCCUGCUUCUUCUUCCUCGUCGUCAACUGCAUUCUCAGAUGCAAGUACAACGACCACUCUCACCAUCACCAGCAAGAAGCAGAGGGCGCCGAGGAAGCGGCCGAACCAGGUCUAUGCGGAGGCGACGGCGCUGCUCUCCACCGUCUACCCACAUGUUUUUUCUGGUCAUAAUCUGAAGAGGCCGCCGCAGCGGGCUAAAUCGCAGAAUUUCGAGGAUGAAACGCCGGAAUUAAUGGAGGAGCCGCUCAGGUUCAUGUCUGCGGAGACUCAGGUGCUCAUUUUCCGGCCGCCCAUCUCGGGACAUGAGGCUGGGCUUCUGCCCGCCACGGGGUCUUUGUGCAUCGACGACAAAACCAAUUCCACCGUCGAAAUCCGGUCCCAUAACGAGGAAUUCUCUGAUUCGGAGGUUUCAGUUCUUCGUCCGCCGGUGUCCAGCGACAGCGAAGGAUGCCGGCCAGGCUGUGAGCCUUCUGGUUCUGAUGACGAAACCCGAUUGGGGAUUGAAAUCCAGUCUCGGAGAGAUGACUUGUCGGACUCGGAAGUGUUGGCUUCCCCUGUUGGAUGCGGAAAGGAAACAGAACACUCUGUUUCUGAGAACGGAGUUCAUUUGGGUGCCGGAUACCAAUCGGGAAUGGACGACACGGAGCACGUAUUUCAGCAGCCACCUGUUUCCGGUGACGCGAAUCAGUCCGGAAGCUACAACAAGAGUGACUCCGCCAUCGAAAAUCAAUCCCGGAUUGACGAAUUUUCAGAAGAGGAGUAUGUAAUUUCCGGCAGCCCAGUUCCCAGUCAUGACGUCGAAUCCCGGGAAAGUAAUGAACCAUUCGAUGAGGAAUUUGAAGCAGGGUCUCUCCUUCAUGGUGAGGUCGACAAAGGGAUCGAUAGCAUUCUUGGCAGUAAAACAUCUGAUGACAAUUACGAUCGAAAUCCGAAUCAACAGGAUUACAGUUACAGCUCAGUAGUGAACACAGGAUUGCCGACAAUAGGGAUGGACCAGUGGGCACUCCGCCGGGACCGUGACCGGGCUCCGGCCAUGGAGGUGCUCGAAUUCAUGCCAAGGUUGAGGUUGGUGGACAAAAUCAUGGCUCAGGAGGAGCAGAGUUCGAUGGCAUUCUGCUCCUUCGAGUGGGUCAAGAAGGAGGAAAAUUCUCAAUCUGGUUUGAGCCUUAAACUCAACUACGACAAGGUUUUGAAUGAGUGGUCGGAUCGAGGUCCGGCUUAUGCUGCCGCCGGCGCGAACCAGGGGGCUGAAGAAUGCUUGCCGUCGUCCUCAUCGCCUGAUUCAUUUGCCAGGCUCAUGCAAUACGAUGUGUUUCCGGACAUGGGGUUGUGGAGGCAAGUAGGAGAAGAUGGUGCAGGCCUCAGGGAGGCUAGCGUGUUGAGGUACAAAGAGAAAAGGAGGACCAGGCUUUUCUCCAAGAAAAUACGCUACGAAGUCAGGAAAGUGAAUGCUGACAAACGACCCAGAAUGAAGUCUUUUGCAGGGUCGGUUUGUGAGGAGGCCUUCUCUGCUGCACUCAUGACCAGAGGGAAAACGGGUCCUUGGGUCCAGACCCGGUCAGCAAGUCACGGGCCUACUGCAACUGGACGCUCCUUCCUCCUUCCCCAUUGUCUUUAAUUUCCUGGAGCCAUAUUUUUGGUAUUUUGUGGGGUUUUUUUUUUGUUUUUUCUUCUUUUUUUCUUUUUGAAUUUUGGGGGUUAAUUAGAUAAAGGGAUCAGACUAGCGGUAGGGAUGAAGCCAUGGGAAUAAAAGAGAAAACAACGUCGCUCAGAUGUGGAAAUAUUGCACACUGAUUGAUGUGGGGCAGGUGGGCCGACUCUUUUUUUUUUUUUUUUUGGCAUUUGGGAUUUUUUUUUUCUUUGUUGGGAAGGUUGAAACCAACAAACAAUGAGGAUGGUGGCCAUUACUUGGCCUCAAGCUUUUUUUCUCUUUUCUUCUCUUUCUCUUUCUCUUUGUGGACAUUGUUUGAUCGAUAAAAAGCAUCCCGCAUGUACACUUACUCUUACUUUUAUACGCUUUGUUUGGUAGUGUAUGCAAAUGCAGCCACUUUUAUCUGCC